AUUUCAAAGCUCACAUAUCACUCCCGCCAAUUCAUCUCACUGUUCCGGCGCGGCUCCUCUUCAGUUUCUCUCACCGCCCUCCUCUCACCGCCAAGAUUAUUGUGCCGCCGCCACCGUCGUCGCUCCGACGCUCACUGUCGCAGCCGCGGCGCCACGCUCCCGCAGCCGCCGUCAAUUGAGUGGCUUGUGCCAGAGAUCAAGGAUUUCAGAUUAUUGAGGACUACUGUAUUUGGCAUUUCAGAAAUGCUUUCACAAAUUCUGAGGGAUGUUUGUGGUGGUUCAGUUACUUUUGGUCUUUUGUGUUCUUACACUGUUGGGGUCCUAUCGAUCCGAUUGGGUGGGGACGAUGCUAGUCUACUGGUUGAUUGCAUGAUGAAUUCCGUAGCUGCGCUAUACUGGGUGGUUGGUCUUUGCAGUAUCACAUACGGGUUGUUCCAGCCAUUUGCUACUGGACUGAUGGUCACCGCUGUGGGUCUCGUCACGACUGCAAUCCGGGUUUGGUACGUGCUAACGGGACAGGUAACCGGUGGGCUCUAUUAUGAGGUCGUCAACAUCGCAAUAUCCUUCCUAUUCUCUCUCAUUUUCCGCGGAAGCGUGCAACGCGCUUUCGCUAAAUUGAGAGGGGACACAGCCCAGUCGAUAGCCGAGAUAGCCGAGCAGCUGCAGGAGAUACGCACGACUCAAUCGGAUAUAAUCUACCGACUUAAUAAUCUUCAAGCAUCGGUAUCUGCUUUGCAAUCUACUUUGCAAAAGUAGAGUCGGUGGAGUUUGGCUAGUGGAGGAAGAUGACUCCACUUCUAAAGCUUGUACAGAGGUAGCUACUUCGCCCGUAAAGAAAGAUCCUUCCGCCUCUUCUGACUUUCCGACGUCACCUGUAGCAACUUAACGUCAAGCAUUUAGCCUCCUCAAAACGACUGAACUUCACACAUGAAUCUUGCAAAUAUUCACUUGUAAAGCUUUUAUCAAGCAUUUAGCCUCCUCAAAACGAUUGAACUUCAUGCAUGAAUCUUGACAUUUGCAUGACGUUGUUGGACAUUUAGUUGCUUUCGAUUCUAUUGGGAAAAUUUAGAAUUUUAUUCU